AUGCCUCGAUACGAUCUAAAGAUGAUUCCCGACCAACUAGGGCUCGACCAAGAGUUUUCGGAAAGUUUGAAAUUUACUAUAACCAAGUUUCCUCCGCCGUCUAUGCCAAUGCCACCCGAUGUACUCGACUUAAUACCGUCGCAAAUGAAGCAAUACGAAAAGGCUGGAAAACUGAUUAUAAAACGAGAAGUAGGCAAUUACUUGUUUGAGUGCCUUGAGUUGAAUGCUAAGGAUCGUUUCGUUGCGACCGCAAGCAAAGUUUUCGUCGCCAAGGGUAUACCAAUUAUGCUAUCUCGUAUGGCUACUGGUAGCACUCUAACUCCCAAGGUACUCAAAAACAUAGUUCAAAUAUUCUAUGUUCGAGUCGGACAAGGUGCUCCUGAGUACAGUGAUCAGAAAAUUCGACCUUUGCUUGUUCGCUAUUUUGAAGAGUGGCACGGUCUAUAUAGUCGAUGGGCACCUGCUGAUCUCGACGACGUUGCGGUUGGCACCCCGGGGUCGGCGGCCAGGCGUCACGAGAAGAAAACAGUCGCCCCAUACCGGUCUUAUGAGGUCAAAGAGUCUGUGGAUACGGUGUCAACUCCGUCAAUUACCAUGGAAAGAUUCGAACCGCCCACUUCCGAUCCUGAAGGCAAAGACGAAACGCCUAGGAAGCGUGAGCGAUACAGCGCUAGAUUUUCUAAAGUUCCCAGCUAUCGAUCGUUUGCUGUCGAUGAGCCGACGCCGACGACUCUUCAUGCAAUGAAGAAUACUAAGCGAGCCGCAUUCGAGGAUCCGCCUUCACCCACUGCUCAAUGCAACAAACGUGUCAAGAUAUCCACGAACGACUCGGACUUGUAUGGUGUUAAAUCAGGCCUUAAGCCAUUCAGAAAGGCAUUGACAAAGGAAGCCAGCGAAGGUGUCUUCAAUCAAGAGGGAGUAGAUAAAUUUUUCAUAUCAUCGUUUGGUACCACAGCGAAAGGCAGGAAGCUAUCCCACUACGAGGAAAUGACAUACCUGCCCGCAUAA